GGUAACUGGACCGGUAGUUAUGGUGGUCACUUUAUCCAAUGGCAUCCUGACAACGGUUCGGGUUCUGCUGAGCUGGCCAUCUAUGGUAGUGAUGGUAAAUGGGAUGUUACCGUUAAUCCCAGCGGUGGCCCCGGUGGUACUCACCAGACAGUGACCGCAUCAGGUGGUCCCUUGAAAAAUAUUACGGCUAACGUUUGGCAUGAUGUAGUCUUUCACGUGAAUUGGGCUGCUUCCGGUGGUAUGGUAGAAGUAUGGAUUGAUGGCGAAUUGUAUUUUACCAAAAGCAACCUGAGCUGGGCUGCCAAUGCAUAUCUUAAAUUAGGAAUGAACCGUUGGGGUAACUGCUCCGGUGGUGCUCCUUGCGAUACAUGGGUCAUUUAUUAUGAUAAUGUGAAGAUCGGUCGUAACGUCACCUAUGCUGAUGUUGCGCCAACAGCCACUGCGCCGGGUAACCAGCCUCCGGUUGCAAACGCUGGCACUGAUAAGACGAUUACACUUCCAACUAAUUCAACCAGUCUGACUGGUUCGGGUACUGAUGCAGAUGGAAGCGUGGCCAGCUAUGCAUGGACACGGGGUACUUAUGUUUUCCGGCUUACGGUUACUGAUAAUGCGGGAGCAACGGGCUUCGAUGACGUUACUGUCACCGUUAACCCUGUUCCCAACCAGGCGCCGACAGCUAACGCAGGUCCGGAUAAAACCAUAACGCUUCCAACAAAUACUACUUCGUUUACCGGUAGUGGUACUGACCCCGAUGGAAACAUCGCCUCUUAUCAAUGGACAAGAGUGAGCGGACCGACUACGUUUACGAUAGCAACGCCCAACGCGGCGUCAACGGCUGUUAAUAACCUGGUACAGGGAACAUAUGUAUUCAGACUAACCGUUACAGACAAUGGCGGUGCUACUGCAACUGAU